AUACAGACCAUACCACACUUCAGCUUCUGUCUCUCUCAAAGCCCACACACAUACAUUCUGACUCUGUUUUUACAACUCAAAUCUCCUUGUCUUCUCUUUCGGCUCAAAUUUGCAAACAAACAAUGGUAAGAUUCACUGAAGAAAACACAAAACACGUGGACAAAGAAACAGAAAACAAUUCAACUACGGAUGUGCCGACGGUGAAGAAGAAAGUUCUUCGAGAUCUUAUUAUCAACAAUGGAGGAGGACUAAUCAAUUCAUGGGUUGAUUCCAUGAGAGCUUGUUCUCCUACUCAUCUCAAAUCUUUGAUGAAACAAAGCUCUUGGCUCAAAGAACAUCCAUCAGCUUUAGAUAUGUUCGAAGAGAUUCUUCAUGCUUCUGAAAGAAAACAAAUCGUUAUGUUCUUGGAUUAUGAUGGCACUUUAUCUCCCAUUGUUGAUGAUCCAGAUCGAGCUUUCAUGUCUAAGCAGAUGAGAAGAACAGUGAGAAAUCUAGCAAAUUGUUUUCCGACGGCCAUAGUUAGUGGGAGAUGCAGAGAAAAGGUUUAUAAUUUUGUGAAAUUGACCGAGUUGUAUUAUGCUGGGAGUCACGGAAUGGACAUUAAAGGGCCAGAGCAAGGCUCCAAGUAUGAGGAAGAUAAAUCUCUUCUUUGCCAACCAGCUACAGAGUUCCUCCCCAUGAUCGACGAGGUGUAUCAAAAACUAAUGGAGAAAACAAAAUCAACUCCCGGAGCCAACAUAGAAAACAACAAGUUUUGUGUCUCUGUCCACUUCCGACGCGUCGAUGAGAAAAACUGGAGUGAUUUGGCCAAUCAAGUUCGAUCAGUAAUGAAGGACUACCCUAAGCUCCGUCUUACCCAAGGAAGAAAGGUUUUGGAAAUUCGACCUAUCAUUAAAUGGGAUAAAGGCAAAGCCCUCGAGUUUUUAUUAGAGUCACUUGGGUACGCUAAUUGUACCAACGUUUUUCCCCUUUACAUCGGCGAUGAUCGCACAGACGAAGAUGCAUUUAAGAUACUGAGAGAAAGAAGACAAGGUCUUGGCAUUCUUGUUUCCAAAUCUCCAAAGGAGACUAACGCGUCUUACUCUUUGCAAGAGCCUGAUGAGGUUAUGGAUUUCCUGCAACGGUUAGUGAAAUGGAAACAACUGAGAUCUGGAGCAUAAUUAGAGAUAUGAAAAAGAGAGAUCUCUUUUAAAUAACUUGUUAAUCCAGUUGUUUUUCCGCUAUUGGCGUACUCAACUUAUCUUUGACAAACAAAUUUGUACUGAAUGCAAAUGUAAAAUUUCUUUUAAAAUGUAGAUCCAUUUUCAAAGAAAACAUUAUAUAUAA